CUUUCCCUUCCCCUGGGCUAUGGCCCGCCUCUCUGCUGCUGGCCAAACCUCUGCAUCCUCCUUUGUGCGUUUAUCCAAUCAGAGAGGUGGAGUGGAGUUCCGGUCGCCAGGUCCGCUCAGAGGCUGUUCUCCGAGUUCUCUCCUGCAGCAGGUGUGGGCUCUCCGAUGAGGUUGACAUUACAUGGUGUCAUAAGUGAUCUGAAGGCGCCAACCACUUGAACUUCCGGGAUCAAGUGAGGUUCCUGCACUUGAGUCCUUUGCACUGUUUGCUUCUGUGAGUUGCUGUAACUUUCAGUUUGCAUGCUCCCAGGAGACAAAGAUGUCAAACACCACACUUUGCGGCCUGGUGACUUCGGCUGUUGGAGAAGGCAUAUCCAUAAAGUUUCCCUUCAACCUUGUUGCAAGGGCCCCUACCAGCAGUUGCUGACUAACCCCUGUGUCGCUGAGCUCCAAGGGAUGGACUCCUGGAUUCAUGCGUCUCUUCUAUAAAAAGGCCCCCAAACUUGAGUGGAUCUGCAACCUAACUGGGCUUACAUACUAAUUGUGAUAAUGACAUAUCAAAAGCACACAGAAGCUGGCUGCCUGAGGAGUUUCUCAGUGGUCAAGUUGGGGACAGUUUAAGCACCAAGAAGAAUUUAAUUGUUAAGGCAUCUGGGGCCAGGUGAAGAUGAUCUCAAAGUGGAGAUCCUGGCUAAUGCUGAGGACUGUGCGUAGGACCAAUUAUUAGGUUUGAGCUGAAAGGAAUUACUAAGCAAGAUUUUUACUACCCUUGGAUGCACUCCUGAUAUGGAGAAGAUUGAGGAACAAUUUGCUAAUUUGAACAUUGUUAAACGUUCCUCAGAAACUAAAGAGCCUACUUAUCUGCUUGGCAUAGACACAUCAAAGACUGUACAAGCAGAAAAAGGAAGCUUGGUUGCUGUUUUAUGUUCUAAUGGAUCAAUCAGAAUAUAUGAUAAAGAAAGAUUAAAUGUACUACGAGAAUUUAGAGGAUAUCCUGGACUUAAUGGAGUCAAGUUUGCAAAUUCCUGUGACAGCGUGUAUUCUUCAUGCACUGAUGGCACUGUAAAAUGUUGGGAUGCUCGAUUAGCCAGUGAAAAACCUGUCCAGCUGUUCAAGGGUUACCCUUCCAAUAUUUUUAUCAGUUUUGAUAUCAGCUGUAAUGAUCAUGUCAUUUGUGCUGGUACAGAAAAAGUUGAUGAUGAUGCAUUGUUGGUAUUUUGGGAUGCAAGAAUUAAUUCUCAGGAUUUGUCUACUACUAAAGACCCACUUGGUGCAUAUUCAGAAACACAUAGUGAUGAUAUCACUCAAGUAUGUUUCCAUCCCAGCAAUCCCAACAUGGUAGUCUCAGGUUCAACUGACGGCCUGGUAAAUGUAUUUGAUAUUACUGUUGAUAAUGAAGAAGAUGCACUGGUUACAACCUAUAACUCAGUUUCAUCAGUAAGCUAUAUUGGUUGGUCUGGGAAAGAUUAUAAACAGAUUUACUGCAUGACACAUGAUGAAGGAUUUUGUUGGUGGGAUCUUAAUCAUCUGGAUACCGAUGAACCAAUUACAUGUUUGAAUAUCCCAGAUGUCAGAGAAGUAAUUAAUGUGAAAGAAGGUAUUUUGGACUAUUUGAUUGGGGGCCUAUAUCAUGAAAAGACGGACAAAUUGUUUGUAGUUGGAGGAACAAACACAGGAAUUAUUCACAUAAUGAGCUGUACUACAUCAGGAUUGGUCCAUGUGACCAGGCUUCAGGGAGGGCAUGCUGCUACAGUCCGUUCUUUCUCUUGGAAUAUGCAGGAUGAUUCUUUGCUAACUGGAGGAGAAGAUGCACAGUUGUUACUUUGGAAACCUGGAGCAGUAGAGAAGACGCUUACAAAGAAAGACAGCAUGAAAAUAGCAUCCUCUGUGUACCAGCGAGUUCGAGUUCAUAGUAAUGAUUCUUAUAAGAGAAGGAAAAAGCAGUGAUGUUACAUUGGGCGUUUACUUGACAGGUUUUAUAGUUGCAAAUAAUUAUUUCUGUGUACUACCUGUUGUAGACAUGUUUAAAGCUCAUAUGUAAAUUAAAACAAGCCAGUUAGCAAACAGUCCUGAAAAAAUGUUGAGAAUGGUUUAAUUCAGGUCUUUGUGUAUUCUAAAAUUAUAUUUUUUUAAGCCGCCAUUUGAGUAUAUAAUCAGUGAGUUGAAAGUAAAAUUACAUUCCUCAUUUUAAAAACCCAUCUGUUAAAUUAGUAAAUGUUGAGUUUGAAGAAAUAGCUUUGAUAAGGACUUUUUAGAAGUAGAUGGCUGGUGUGACUUUAAAAAACAGGUGGUUUGGACUGUGUUUUUUAAGCUCAAUUUUUUACAUUUUAAAUCAUCUUCAUUAUUUAUAAAACCAAUUCAGACUGUUUCUUUAUUGGAGAAGCUCCUACUUAAUACAUAUAGAUUACACUGGCAUAUUUAAAUAUAAAUAUUCUAAUGAGUUUAAAUAGAACUAAACCUUUUCAGAAAUCGUGAUUUGCGUUUAUUUGAGAAAAGUAUAUUUAGUAAAUAUUUGCAUCCACACUUUAAUAUUGUUGGUUAAACAGUAAACAGGUGUUUCACCGAUGAAAAGGAAAUUACCUUGCAAAAUUUUUUGCGACUCAAAGUGAAUAUACAAAAACAAAAGUAUUUAUAAUAGUAGAAUGACUUUUUAUUUCAAAAUAUUACAAUAUUUUGUGAUAAAAUUUUCUUCUAUAGUGUGUCAUUCAUCCAUAAUUCUAAACUUGAAUUUUUGUUUACUGCUAAUUUUCCCAUCCUUCCUUUUUUUU